AUGUUUUUGAAAGUCAGACAGUUUCAGGACGCCUAUGAGCGUAUUUUGAAGUAUUCCUCGUCGCAUUCGGCGUGUCAAUUGGUGAUAUUCGUUUCGUGUUUAAACAUUGACGCGUUGUGCGCCAGUAAGAUGCUUUCCAAGCUCUUCAAGAAAGAAUUGAUACAGUUGCAGUUGGUGCCAGUGUUUGGGUAUUCGGAGCUGAAAACAUUUUAUCAGAAGUUGGACGAGAACAUCAACAGCGUUAUAUUCGUGGGCUGUGGUGGAAUGAUCGAUAUCGAGGAGUUUCUGGGCGUGGACGAGGAGGAGGAUAACCAGAACGAGCACGCUGAAUCGAGACGCAAAAUUUAUGUACUGGACACGCACAGACCGUGGAAUCUUCACAACUUAUUCGGGUCGCAGGUGGUGACCUGCUUUGACGAUGGCACGGUGGAGGAAGAACUAAAAACCCAGCAAGAGGCAUAUUUCAAACUGACAGAGCUGGAAGAACAGCAGGACACAGACGAAGAAACGGAGAGCGGCAGUGGUGAGGAAGAAGAUACCGAUCACGAUGUAGAGGACGAUGAGGAGAACCUUGAGGAGGACGACACCGACGAAGACACUACAAGAGACGCAGUGGGCGACGGCGAGGACGUCCAGAAGGACGAAAACAAUCAGGAGGCCUCUGGGAAGAGGCGCAACGCACAGAGUCACAACCACAAGCGCGAGAGAAAACUUCGAAGAAGUCUUAUCAACAAAUAUGAGGCGGUUCUAGAAGACUACUAUGCGCAAGGCUCGUCUACCUCCAACUCGCUCUCCAUCCAGGUGUACUCGCUCUUAUCGGCGCUCGGAGAAACUAGCAUUGCAUAUCUGUGGCUCACUAUCCUCGGAGUUUCGUCCCUGGACGUCGCAUAUCCUCAUAUUUACAGUCAAUUGCUUCCUCUGCUGCAGGACGAAGUUAAGCGUCUUUCCCCUAUCGAAGCGUAUAAGACGCCAGAUACACUCUCGUUGGAGAUCCAACCGGAUUACUACCUCUUUAUGCUCAGGCACUCGUCUCUCUACGAUAGUUUUUUUUACUCCAACUACGUGAACGCUAAGCUGUCGCUAUGGAAUGAGAAUGGCAAGAAGAGACUACAUAAGAUUUUCGCGAGGAUGGGAAUUUCCUUGUCCACGGCUCAAGAAAACUGGCUGUACAUGGAUAACCGGGUCAAGAGAGAACUGGGGACUAUUUUCGAUAAAAACCUAGAGAGGUAUGGUCUUCAAGAUGUGGUACGAGAUGGUUUUGUUCGUACUUUUGGCUACCGGGGUGCGAUUAGUGCAAGUGAAUACGUAGAGUCGAUAACCGCGCUUCUAGAAGUGGGCCAAACGAUUGAUCCAGAGGACAUCGUCAAGAGCAACAGUUCUGGCCCGGAGCCAGAAGAGAAUGGGGAGCUCGCCGAUGUCAUAUCCCGCCGCGAGCGCAAAUGGGUCAGUAAUUUCUGGUUGAGCUGGGAUGCACUGGAGGGUGAUAUCGAACUCAUGAAUCGCGGCAUCAAACACGCACAAUUUUUACAACGCUCGGUUUUCAACACCGGCGUAGCCGUCUUGGAGAAACGGCUGAUCAAGAACCUACGAUUGUAUCGUCUAUGCGUAUUGCAAGACGGGCCUGACUUGGAGCUAUACAGGAAUCCUCUAACAUUAAUGCGGCUGGGUAAUUGGAUCCUGGAGUGUUGUGCGGAGUCGGAUGACCGUCAACUACUGCCGUUGGUGCUUGGUAGCUUGGAUUCCUCUACCGAAAAAUACCUAGUGGCCGGCAUGGCUCCACGCUACCCGCGUGGCAUGGACAAAUUGGAGGCCAGUAAACCGCUGCUCAACAACUUCAGCGUUGCAUUUCAACAGAUAGCAGCUGAAACUGGCGCCAAAGUAAGAAUAGACAAUUUUGAGAGCUCGAUAAUCGAAAUCCAGCGGGACGACUUAUCGCCCUUUCUAGAAAAGUUAACACUGAGUGGACUACUAUAG